UCGAACUCUAGAAAGCAGAGCAGAUCACAAUCCCUUCCCUACUCCAUAGCCGCUCUGCAAGGCCGCGUCCUCCUCAAGCCCACGAAGUCCCACAGCGCCAGGCCCGCCUUCGCUAUUUCAUUAUUUAUUAUUUCAUUCCCUUUCUAGGAAAAGUAUGUGCAGGGCCGAGGGGCGGGAGGAGGCAGCUCCAAGCUCCCCGUCUGGAGCUAUAGGGACGGCCCGCACAUACUGCCGCUGACACAGGGCGGCGGAGAAGCGAGAGCCAGGCUGGCGGGGCGCUGCCUGAGCCCGGGACAGAACUGCUGUAGGGCCCUGGCGGGUCGGUCUCCUCGCCGCCUCCUACGAAACAGCUCGAAUCUCGCCCCCUGACCCAACCGCCGCCUCAGCGGAGGCCAACCGUCGCCAUGACGGGCAGUAAUAUGUCUGAUGCUCUUGCGAAUGCUGUGUGUGAGCGCUGUCGAGCUCGUUUUGAUCCUACGGAGCGAAUUGUGAACAGCAAUGGAGAACUGUAUCAUGAAAACUGCUUUGUCUGUGCACAGUGCUUCCGCCAGUUUCCAGAUGGACUCUUCUAUGAUUUUGAAGGAAGAAAAUAUUGUGAGCACGAUUUCCAGAUGCUGUUUGCACCUUGCUGUGGAGAAUGUGGUGAGUUCAUCAUUGGUCGUGUUAUCAAAGCCAUGAACAAUAACUGGCAUCCAGAAUGCUUUCGUUGUGAGCUGUGUGAUGUGGCCCUUGCUGAUUUGGGCUUUGUGAAGAAUGCUGGCAGGCAUCUCUGUCGACCUUGCCAUAAUCGUGAGAAAGCGAAGGGCCUGGGCAAGUAUAUUUGCCAGAAAUGCCACUUGAUAAUUGAUGAGCAGCCCCUGAUGUUCAGGAAUGACUCCUACCAUCCGGAUCAUUUCAAUUGCACUCACUGUGGGAAGGAGCUGACUGCUGAGGCCCGGGAGCUGAAGGGAGAGCUCUAUUGCCUGCCAUGUCAUGACAAGAUGGGCAUUCCAAUCUGUGGGGCUUGUCGCCGGCCCAUCGAGGGUCGAGUGGUGAACGCUUUGGGGAAACAGUGGCAUGUGGAGCAUUUUGUCUGUGCCAAAUGUGAGAAGCCAUUUCUGGGACACCGGCACUAUGAGAAAAAAGGGCUGGCUUACUGUGAGACUCAUUACAACCAGCUCUUUGGAGAUGUCUGCUAUAACUGCAGCCAUGUGAUUGAGGGGGAUGUUGUAUCAGCUCUCAACAAGGCUUGGUGUGUGAACUGCUUCUCUUGCUCUACCUGCAACAUCAAGCUCACACUGAAGAAUAAGUUUGUGGAGUUUGACAUGAAGCCAGUGUGUAAGAAAUGCUAUGAGAAAUUCCCCUUGGAGCUGAAGAAGCGCCUGAAGAAGCUGUCUGAGUUGGCUUCAAAGAAAACUCACCCCAAAGCUCUGGAUCUGAACUCUUCUUAAACAGGUUUAUGCUUUCCACAGAUAUCACUCAUGCUCACCAACAGCAAUAUGCUUUAGCUGGAAAUCAUUUAACAAUAGCUCAAUGGACUCAAGAUAAACAAAAGCUCACCAGUUGUAUUUUGCACCUAGAAUGUUUUUCUGCUCAGGUAUAAUAUUACAGAGCUUGACCUCCAGAAGAAAGCCAUAGUGAACUGUUCCUCCCCGACCCCCCAUUACAAAGAAAAAUCUGUGUUAUUCACUACUCUUUACUAGGACUCAGGUUCCUACUAUAUCACUCCCAGAAUUCUGUCCAGUGUCCUAAAUGUGGCAUGGAAAGGCAGUUGUGGGACCAAAGUGCAAGCCCUCACACACUCUGGCAGGCUUCUGGCCACGGGACCAGUUGACUGGCCCAUCUUGCCACCAGUGUGAGAACAAGCACAUAUCAAAGAAUCUCCCAGAGCAGAGACAUGGUACAUUUACACAAUUGCCUUUUCACUUGAGGCUUAGGCAGUAGGACAUUGGCCUCUAUGGGGUUUUUCCCCUCAGCAUUUUAAAACCCAGAUCAGCAAGCUGCAAGUGAGGAAGUUGGGAAAAAGUACAGUACUUCACCCUGUUCCUCCAUUCAUAAGGUAGGAAUAACAGAGAUAGCAGUGUUUAUCCCUCACUAUAGCCCUCCCCUCAGCCUGUCACCUCCAAUAGGCUUAUUUUUUUUUCUUUUGAAACUCAUAGUGUGUCAGGUGCCGAGGGGUGGUGGUGCAGUGCCCUGGACAUGGGGAAGAGGUUGCCAGAAGUGAGAGACAAGGGAAGUGUUAAGCACUGACCCCUGGCGGUUCCUUACCGUGUUUCCUCUCCAACCCCUACAUUAAUAUGAUGAGGCAAACAUGGAUUUGCAAACUCUUUGUUUGCUUCAUAAAUUGUUCAUCUGACCUAAAUAGCAUCAGUUUUGUCAAAUUUACCAUAGUAUUUGUCUUCACAUGAUGAGUAGUUACAGAGGAAAGACUAAUACAGAAUAAGAUGUCAUUUUGUUAUUAUUGCUACAGAACAGAAAAACAUGAAUUUGUCUUAAUGCAUUUUUACUGCAGUAAUCACUUGUGCACUUGCUUCUGUUGUGAUAAGAGAAAUCACUUUUUCCAGAACUAAUCCUAACAGAGCCUUAUUUAUCUGCCAGUUAGUAUUUACCAACACUUUUAUGUUUUCAUAUCUAAUAGCACAAAAAUAUUGUUGCUUUUUAAGGGAAAGUCCUGAACCUAUAAAGAGAGAUUUACAGUAUUUCACAAGAAUAAGCUUAUUUUAAAGUCAAGGACAAGUACAGUAAACAUAUCCUAUCAGUAUUAUCCAGAGCCCAGAUGAAAACAGUGCACUGCCAUACUGUAUUCAUUUAAAUAGAAUAAACACCUAUGGUGACACAGCGACUCUUGUCACUGUAAGUGUUAUUGACUGUGUCACUGUAGGUGAGGGAGCUGUGUGAGCAGCGCAGCGACUUUUUGUGAAGGCACCGAUGACUCUAGCACUUUGUGCCUCUGAAGGAAUAAGGCACAAAAGCAGUGGGACAGAUGCUAAAGCAGAACUGUGCUCUUAUCAUCCUGCCCUGAAAAAUGAACUCUAUCUAGUACCCAUUAUUUCGAUCACUUGUACCAAUACAAUGCAAAUAUAUUUACAUGUGGCUCAUGGUGCUUAAAUGGGGAUGUGGAUGAACAUGUAAAUGUGCAUUCCUUAGUAAAUAGUGGAGCAUAGAUGAUGCACAAUUCAUGAUACGGGAAGUGAUAAUAAAUCAAUUUCAAAUUUCAAGGCACUUAAUUCUAUGUGAUUUAACAAUUUUAAUAUGACAUUUCAUAGAAAUCUAGAUUUGUGUUAGUCUGCUACCUGUAUAUGAAUAUAUAAACACUGGGUGCCAUAUCAGAUAUAUUGCUAGGCCUGCUGUAAUUCAAAGAACUCAGGUAUGUAAUUUCCAAAUACCAGUUUUGCCUGUACAGCUGUUCCUUUAAAAAUACAGUUUGCUUUUAAUGACAGUGUCCUUGUUUAGUGGGGACAGAUUUGAAAUGCCAUCCCUCCUAUGAACCUCUGAGGCAAGUAAUCGCUAUAGUACUAGUCUCUAGAGUUUUCUAAUAUGAAGUAGUUGCUUUCUGCUUGAAAAUUUAUUUUAUGGUGCAUAGUUUAUCAUGAUGCACUUUAAUCCAUUCUUCCAAUUUCAGACUCUAUUGAGAAAGAAACAAAUUUCAUUUACUGGGGAACUAUUUUGCUUCCUUGUCUUUUCUCUUCAGCAGAUGGAAAAUGACUUUCAGGGACCAUUUGGUGUAAUGCUUGGUAGAGUUGAGCCAAACUGAAGGUUAUGUUUUGUGAACAUCUUUUUGCCCCUUGAAAAACGUCUCUGUUUUUGGCUCAGAAGGGUGAAAAUUAUGAGGGCAAAUGGGAAGAAGGCACAUCUAUAGGGAAGCUGCAAUAUAGAAGCACUGCUAUACAUGAUCUUUAUUGUAAUGCAUACAAAAAAACGACUGUUCUAUUUAUGUGAACAUUGGAAUGACCAGUUCAGUAUAACUGCUGAUGUGCCUAUAGCUUGACUGGGUCUUCAGAGUGAGAGCAGUGUAGCUUCAUUUU